AUGACCGCGCUACGAAACGCUCUUGCUACUCUCAAAGUGUACGACAAAGCCUUGGAGCAGUUGAUGGACAAAUUUCAGAGCGGAGCCGCACUUGCAGUUGCGGACAACGUCCAGUGCUCUGGGACGUUCGAGCACAUUUUUGAGCUUGCCCAACUUGAAGAAGACAGCCGGCAAUCUCUCAGGAAGCUUCAAGACGAGGUCAAUAAGUUGAAGGCCGAGCGGAAAACUCUUAGUGGUCAGAUACAGGAAGAGGGAAAGAAACUCAGAACAGUCAUCGAGAAAGUGGCGCAUCAUCAACAGUACUUGGACGCGGCCUGUCUCGACAGAGUGGUACCCCAAGAGCAGUACGACAGGACAGAAGAGCUGUUCGAGUAG